AUGAACGAUGGGCAAUCCAUUGGCCAAUUCGACCGUCCAUUCAGGUCAACAUGCGACAUUGAUUGGCCUCCUGCUUCACGCGUCCUCGACCCCCAGCUGUCGAUUCUUUUCUCUUUCGGGUCUGCGCUUCUCAGUCUCCAAGCUUCUUUGCCAGGCUGCUUGUUGCUUGUUGCUCCUAAGGACCGCCAGCCCAUGUGCCCAUGCCAAGUGCCUUGGCUUGGUCGGUCCCUUAUCUUGCCGGAAUCCCACCCCGUCCGUGACUUCUCUGGCGUCUGCCGACGCAUGCGGCUGUCGUUCUUGAUUCUUCCAUUAUUCGAGGCCUCGCGGCGUCAUUGUCUUCUGUCUCAAAUUCCUUCGCCUUAUAUCUCGACUCGCCGUCUGGAUCGGUCUCAAGUCAACACCAGGCGGAGCAAAGCUACCGCCAACUCAAUCGCUUCGCCGUUUGCAUUUGGCAUCGCGUCCCAUCUCCACCUCAGCAAGCCACUACCUCGUGGUAAAAUGCCUUUCGCUCGUCACGGUGGCCUCGGCCGUCGACCGUUACCCGGCAUUGGCGCCUCGAAAACAAGGGGCACCUCAACCAUCUCCACUUCCAAUGUCGCCUCGCUGCUGCUUCGGGCCAUCUUCUCCAGCUUCUCUCCAGGCUGUUCCCUUGCACCAAAGGUGGCUACCGGCCCUUUUGGGACCAAUUCAAUGAGUCCAAAUGUGAUGGACAUUGGCCCGUCACCCAUCCACCUGUCUACCAAUCACCACCACCAUCCGACACGGCAUCUUUGCUUCUUGUCUCACUGUCGACGCUCUCCCGAAUCUCGCCCGCUUCUCGCUCACUUCUUGUCCAUGGACUUGGAACGCUGUGUCGAGACCAUUUCUUCGGCCGGGAACGUGCGUCUGUCGCCGGACUCGAGCACGGUACUUGCUCGACCGCGCAUCCACGUCAAUCAAACCAUCAAACGGACUGACGGGCGCUGGGGCUGGCUCUCCGUACUCGAACUGAGAUGGUCCACGCUCGAAGCCCAUGUUGGAUGGAGCUCCCAAAAUGGCACGACUGGCUACCUCGGUCAUUCUACGGGCGUCUUCCAACACUCAUUUUCAACCCGGAGCCUCUCUAGCCAAGAGAUGCAUGCGGCAGAUACUCAAUUCGCGGCGGAAAUCAUCGCCGUCAAGGACCCCGGGCUACUCCAGGGUUCAAUUUGCCUCGAGCCACCUGAGCUUUACACUCAAACUAAUUACCCGGCCCUGUCGUUACUGACUCUACCGCCUACAGCGCCUAGAACCCCUUCCACAACAGCAUGGAAUUCAAUCAACAGGCGCGUCAAUACUCAGUCUUCUCCCGUAGUGAGGCCUUUGGCUGGCGGCUUCUUGACCCGAUUGCAGCGCUGCACGAGCAUUAGCACAGCCGGUUCGCGACAGACGAUGUGCAUCAUCACGAUCGAUGGUGAAGUCCACGUUCUGUAUCCGAUGAUGUUGCAUAUGCAAGAGGCGUCCCUGUCAACAUUUCACAGCGAAUUAGUUGCCGCCAUCUCAGCCAUCGUCCUGAUCUUCUUCAAUGAGCUGCUAAUGCGGAUGUGGCAGGCGGACAGGGGCUUCCGAAUUCUCGAUCAGAUCAGCGUGGCUUUCGGCUGUUGGACGAUUCGUUGCUCCAAGAAUGCUCCCAAUUACAAGAUGCAUUGCACUAAUAUGAUUUGUAACUUGGAAGGCCGGAGCUUUAUGAUCUUGUUGAUCCCUUGGAGGAUUGCCAACUAA